UUUUCAAACCCACAGCAAUACAACUGGAAAACAGACGUCAGGCUAAUACAGCUACUGUUCAUGUCCCAAUCAUUUCAGGAAAAUUACUCUUUAUAUUCACGUUGUUCAUAUUCAUGGAUGAACACGAAUGAACAAGCGGAAAACAAAACGCAUUGGAAAAGGAGCGUGAUGAGCGUGCUGGGCCGUAGCUGUCGUAGCUAGUCACGCGGUGGGUGGGAGGGGAGGGAGUCCAUCCGCACCACCAGCAACACUGCACCAUGGCGAAACCCGGGGCCGACAGAGAUGGAUCCAUGGUAGACAAACCGACUGGGAAGAAGAGCAAAGAUAAGAUUUCCCUCUUCACCAAGACUCCGAAGCUUGACCGCAGUGAGUUUCUGGGGGGGAAGGAAGGGAAACCACCCAAGUCUAUCAUGAAACGCAAACUGUCCUUCACCGUGAGCCCCCCUCGCAACAAGGAGAGGGAAUCAGACACAGAUGAGUCAGACCCAGGCCAGUCCACUGAGUCCUGGGGAGAGUCUGAAGGGAGGUUAGUGACUCCCUGCAGGAUGUGUUUAGCAGAUAAAGAUGGCCCGGAUAAGAAGAAAGUCAAGAAGGAGUCUGGGGGGAGUAAGAAGGCCCCGGUUAAUCUUCUGUUUGGCUACCCGUUGUCGGAACGCAAGCAGAUGGCCCUCCUGAUGCAGAUGACCGCCAGGGACAACAGCCCAGACUCGACACCUAGCCACCCGUCCCAGGCCCCCCCGGUGCAGAAGAAGCUCCCCAGCAGCACGGCCUCCAGAGCGAGGGACAAGGUGAACAAGAGGAACGAGCGUGGCGAGACGCCGCUACACAUGGCCGCCAUACGAGGGGAUGCCAAGCAUGUCAAGGAGAUCAUCAGCCUGGGAGCUGACGUCAACGUCAAAGACUUCGCAGGCUGGACCCCUCUUCACGAGGCGUGUAACCUUCUGAUCGUUCUGGACUCCACGAUGCCUCCAAUUGUGAAGCUGCUGCUGAGACAUGGAGGCAAUGCGUUCCAGGCCAACAAGAGAGGGGAGCGGCCCGUGGACAUCGCUGAUUCCCACGAGCUGGAGCUCCUCCUAAAGGGGGAGGUGCCCCUCUCAGACCCAGAGGACAGCUCCUCAGAGUCUGAAGACCCUCCUUCGGUUAACCCCUCAAGUGUGGACGUGGAUGAGGACAACAUGGAUGACUCGGACAUGGAGAAAGUCUCCGAAGGCAAACGGAGCACCGUGAAGGCCUCACCCCCCAUGUCUGGCCUGGACGAGUAUGAGUUCAAAGACGAGGAGGAAGAAGAAGACCUGAGUAAAGCCCUGAACGACAGACACAUCCUCCGGAGAGAGCUGAGGCAGGAAGAGAAGGAUCAUUUGGCCGUGAAGCAGAGCGGUAAAAGGGACGGUAGCGUCUCAGUCCAGUCCUCUAAGUCUAAGAAGACGAAGACGUCGUCCCGUGUCCUGUAUUGCACCUCGGAUAGUUCCAGUGAUGAGAUGGAGAUGCCGUCAGAGAGAAGGAGCUCUCCGACCUGUUCCCACGGCUCGGAGGGCCACAAGGCGUCAGACGCCAGCAGGACUAAGAAAGAGAACCUCACGACUUCCGAAAAGAAAGACAAAGGCAGCAAAGUAAAGAAGAAGAACAAGAGCAAGAGUAAGAACAAGGAGAACCAGGAGGACGGGAAGGAGAACAGCAAAGCUCUGGUGUUCUCCGUAGCCACCGUGUCUGUGUCGGAGACGCACGCGGACAAGAACAACCGGGGACUCUGUGGGGACGAAGACUCGUUCAAGAUGUCCUUCAGUCCCAAGGAUGACUCGUCCGUCCACCUAUUCCAUCUGUCUGCCACCGUCAAGUCCCCCAAGCUCAACCACGGCCUGGCCGACAAGCAGCCGUCCUCCAACCCGCUCAAACAGGAGAACGCCAAGAUGACAUGCGUCUCGAUUGCCGAAGGCCCCUGUCCGCCGGAUGGUGUCAAGUACAACCACUACAACCCAGAGUCUGAGUUCUGCACGGAGAGCUCCAGUAGUAAAGGCUGCAAGCACAAGGAGAAGAGCAAGCACCACCAGAAUGACGUCAUCAUGGACGCUGGUGGUGGUGCGGGGGUGGAAGACGGAGGCUCCAGUCCGUAUAAUAAAGAUGGCGGCGUUGCCAACAGCGUGGACAUCUCUGAAGGUGGUGCCUUACGGAAGACUGAUAAGGACGGCAAGGUGGUCAAGAAGCACAAGUUAAAACACAAGGAGAAGGACAAGCCCAGGAGGGAGUAUGAGCCAGAGAGGAACCGCCACCGGCAGAAGGAGUGCGGCAGAAAGGACAGCCACAGGAACCUGGAAUUCGACCGGGAGUUCUGGAAAGAGAACUUCUUCAACGAUGACGACCCUUUGCCUCCAGGGAAAAUGGAGAGGGAGGACUGCGGAUCUCCUCAGAAUACCUCAACGUCGGGCAGCUCUCCUGUGAAGGAAGAGAGAAAAGAGACGAAAGAAAAACACCCCUCUAGCAUCAGCAGCAAGGAGAAAAGGCAGAGAAGAGAAGAGGAACGUUUGAAGAAGGAGAGGAAAGAGACCUCGGCUGUCUGUAAAGAGGAGAGGGGGGGAAAGGAUGGGAAGCUCAGUGAGCGUGAGGAAAGGACUGAGUGCCUAAGCUCUGUACGGGUUUCGGUUCCUGAGGAGACGCAGUGUAACUCCACCAGUGUGAAUGACGAACCGGAGGAGAAACCGGUAACGGGGACCACGUCUACAGCUGAUUCAGACCAGCUGGAUGCCUCUGAGAAAUGCCGGCGGGACAAAUACGACAGGAGGCCUUCUGUAAAGGAACGUGAGGUUGACAAGACGGAUAAAAAACAUCCCGACAGAGAAAAGAAAGUCAAGAUUGAGCACCCUGAGAAAUCAGAGAAUUCACAGAAUUCCAUGGAUCGCUGGAAAGAGAGGGAGAAGGAAAGGAUGGCAUCCCCUGGUGACAAGAACCACAAAGAGAUCGAGAAGAUCAGAGCCUUGUCCUCGACUAAAAAAUACGAGGAGAGCAAGGACAAGAAGAGCAAAGACAAGCCAGAUAAGAGGUGUGACAGGGAGAGGCAGGAGAGGGAGUACAACGCGGGAGAACACAAAGACAGGACGAGCUUUGAUAAGAAAGGAAAACCUCCUUUAGAGAAAUCCAUGGACCACAGUAAAUCUGAUCGCUCUAAGGAAAAAGAGAAAGACAAAGACUGCGAUAAGAAGAAAAGGGAAAAAUCUAAAGACAGCGCUUCCUCAUCUUCCUCCUCCUCUUCUAACCUGAAGCUCCUCUUGGAGGAGAAGGGCUAUGUGUCUGAAAGUUGCAAGACAUUACCAGCAAAACUACUAAAGACAGAGGACCUCCCAAAGACUCCAGAGAAAGACCGAGACAGGAGAGACCGAGAAUCCAGAGACUCGGACAAGCACCGAGAUCGGGACAAAGACCGUUCCAAGGACCGUUCCAAGGAGGGUGGCAAGGCCAGUAAGACCAAACCCAACGAGACGGAGACUGACCGAGACAACCGGUCCAAAGCUAAAGCCUCGCCUGCCACCCGGGAAGAGCAGAAGCCCAAAGAGAAACGUCUGGUCAACGAAGACUUGAGGCAGACCAGCUUCGAACGCAUGCUGAGUCUGAAGGACCAGGAGAUUGAACAGUGGCACCGGAAGCAUCUAGAAAAGAUCAAACAGAAGGAGCGGGAGAGGAUGAAACAACGGCCUUCCUCUACGACGACGGACACAGGGAAGCUCAAAAGCAAAGCCAAAGCCAAGACUACGUCCUCGUCUUCUGGAGAACUGUGCUUGAGCAAAGAAUUGCUUCGCUCCAAGAGCUCUGAAGGCUCCUCCGACGUUCACUGUCGGGACAGAGACAAACCCCUUAAGGACAGCACCAGCUCCAGAACCAUGUCUCUGGACGGGAAGACACUCUCCUGCCUCAGUGGGAAGCUGAUGGCUGGUAUGGAGAACAGCUUGAGCAGGUCACCCAGGCCAGAAAGCGAGCGGCCGGGUCUCAUGUCCAGGUCUGUGUCUAUGAUCUCUGUGGCCAGCUCUGAAGACUCCUGUCAGGCUACAUUGCUGACACCGAGACCUAUUGAGUACGACUCGGAUAUGACCCUGGAAACCUCCCAGGACUUUCAGCUGCCUUUCCUCCUGUCUUCCUUCCUCCCAUAUCCUGCCGUUCACGACAAAGACGACAACAGUCUUCCAGAAGAGCCGGGGCAAGGCAACCAGACUCCGCUGCAGAGCAGACACGCUUCCCCUUGCCUUAGGGCUAUUCUGGACGAAGACGCUAACUGUGCGACGGCGUCUGAGUGCAAACCUAUCGAAACUCUGUCCAAGGUCGCCGUGGUGCCUGCUGCUGCUCAACCCAGUGAAGAGUCCACAAGUGUUCAGCCUUUAGAAACCUGUGCGGAUCCAGAGGAGAGCCAGAGUCAAAGUGAUCCAAUUCAGAUGCUUCCGAAUCUUCCUAAUGCAAUAACAGAUGCAGAUCUCAACACUGAGAGUGAAGGGAACACCGCUUCAGGUGUCCAUCUCCCACCUCAAGCGUCCAACACCAGAGAUCCUCACGUAAAGGACUCCUCAACACUUCAGCAGGCUAGUGUCCCACAGCUAGCUACGCCAGAACAGAGAGGGUUUUCUUCCACCUCUGAUCCUCUCCUAAUACGGGACGUCCAGUGUAUCCCUGUGGAGACCUCCAGUGCGGCGCCUGAAUGUAGCAUGAAAGACCUGCCCUCUGAGGACAUGACGCCACUGGUGACAUUAUCUUCUCUGUCCUGUCAACUGCCGUUCUCCAGCACCGAAAUCACCUCAUCUCUCUCUGCUAGCCAGUCACGGGAAACCCUUCCAAACACCAGUACGGUGACCUCAGGGCAGACGAAGACAGAGAUUGAUGGAGAUCUGGUUCUUGAUUCUAAAGAUAAAACUCUGGUUGACAGUGGAGCUAGCAGCGCUGAAAACAGAGCAGCUGUAGAGAGCCUUCAGAGUGCGUUAGGAGCGUCUAGACCCGGAUGGAUGGACAACCCAGUAGCCUCCACCAGCAAACACCCACCACCCAGCGCUAACUCAGAGGACUCCACGAUGACCACCAGCAAACACCCACCACCCAGCGCUAGCUCAGAGGACUCCACGAUGACCACCAGCAAACCCAAGGACUCUCAAGAGGAGAUGGACACUGACGGGAACAGUAAAGACUGUAAGAAAUCCAGAUGCAUUGUGGGUCCUAGCGAUCCUCAGCCGGACGAAAACCAUCCUACUGGCCAGCUUACGUCAUCCACUGUGUCGCGCUGCUCGAGCCCUGAACACAAGGAAGAAGAAGAAGAACCUUCUGACGCUCCUGAGAAGUGGAGAGGUCCUGAGGCCAUGUCAACAGAAAAGGCUAGCUGUUGGUCUUCAUCAGAGGGCAGUAGUAUGGUCACCAUCCCCGAGGUGAAGUCAGAGCCACGCCAAGAGCCUACCUCCGAGGAGAGGCCAGAAGGACAGACUCCCUCGAUUGUUGGAUCAGACCAGACCCAGAGUGUUUCUGGACAGAGUUGUAACUUCCAGCAGGGCUCCCGGACAGACCAGAGUGGUAGUAGUGGUAGUUACAGCUGCAGUGGGUUCUCUGCUAGCUCUUCCCCCCAGUCUGGGGACAGAGACUCUGACUCCUCCGGGGCGAAGGCCAAGGUCCUCUCCCUAACCAUGGAAGAGGACCAGGACUUCCAGCAGACCCACCCCAGGAAGAGGAAGAUGCCCAGGUUGUCUACCUCCAACCAGGCUGGAGGCAGCAUGCAGCAGGAGUCUCUGGCGUCCAUCGUUGACUCUCUGAAGCUGGAGGAGAUUCAACCGUACCAGACGGAGAGGGCCAACCCUUACUACGAGUUCCUGCACAUCCGUAAGAAGAUCGAGGAGAAGCGUAAAGUGUUGCUGAGCGUCACCCCCCAGCCGCCGCAGUAUUACGACGAAUACGUGACGUUUACAGGAUCGUACCUGCUAGACGGGAACCCGCUCAGCAAACUCUGUAUUCCAACUAUAACUCCCCCUCCGUCUCUCCCGGACCAACUGAAGGAGAUGUUUAAGCAACAGGAAGUUGUUCGUAUGAAGAUACGCUUGCAGCACAGCAUUGAACGGGAAAAGUUGAUUGUUUCCAACGAGCAGGAAGUGUUACGAGUCCACUACCGGGCCGCCAGAACGCUAGCCAAUCAGACGCUCCCGUUCAGUGCAUGCACCGUGCUAUUGGACGCCGAGGUGUACAACAUGCCUCAGGAUGCCCAGGCAAGUGGCAUGAUGUCACGCACUGUAGAAUCAGGUGACCAAGAUCGUUUCAACGCCCGCCAGUUCAUGUCCUGGUUACAAGAUGUGGACGACAAGUUCGAUAAACUCAAGACGUGUCUUCUGAUGAGGCAGCAGCACGAGGCAGCAGCUCUUAAUGCUGUCCAGCGUCUCCAUUGGCAGCUGAAACUCCAGGAGCUGGAUCCAGUCGUGUACAAGUCCACCUCCAUCUUCGAGAUAUCCGAGUUCUACAUCCCCCUGGUAGAGGUCAACGACGACUUUGACCUCACGCCCAUAUGACCCGUGACCUUUAGGCUCGGACCGGCAGUCAGGGGACCGAUGAUUAGGAAGGAUCAUCUUGUGGCCCAUCUACCGGUGAAGGGAUGGAGGGAUGGAGAACGUGAGGCACUUGGAACAUGGAUGUGUGUAGAGAGCACCACUAUUGUGUGUUUGAGCAGCACUUCUCGACAUGUGGCUAUGUUUACCACUGAGCUCCUAUGGUAGACACCACAGACCUCCCUCCCUCCUACACCAAGAGGCCUGGCCUUAUCCUCCCUAGUGGCACACUGACUGCUUAUUCUGUUCUGGACAGACCUGGAGCUCCACCAAGGCUCGGGGGCCCAGACCAUUCACUUACCCCAGGAGCCAGGGCCCGAGGCUGGGCAAAGGUUGGGGCAGCGCCAGGUGCUGCUGUCUGCUGAGAGGAGAGCGCGCCAGAGAGAGACCAAGCAUGGAUACUAUUCCCUAUAUAGGGCACUAUGUGAAGUGUAUAGAAAAUAGGGUGCCAUUUCUGAUCUUCCAUGUGGAGUCGACCAUCUCUCUGCCCCUCCUGAUGUUCCAUAUGGAGUCGACCAUCUCUCUACACCUCCUGAUGUUCCCUAUGGAGUCGACCAUCUCUCUACACCUCCUGAUGUUCCCUAUGGAGUCGACCAUCUCUCUACACCUCCUGAUGUUCCAUAUGGAGUCGACCAUCUCUCUACACCUCCUGAUGUUCCCUAUGGAGUCGACCAUCUCUACACCUCCUGAUGUUCCCUAUGGAGUCGACCAUCUCUACACCUCCUGAUGUUUCCUAUGGAGUCGACCAUCUCUCUGCACCUCCUGAUGUUCCCUAUGGAGUCGACCAUCUCUCUGCACCUCCUGAUGUUUCCUAUGGAGUCGACCAUCUCUCUGCACCUCCUGAUGUUCCCUAUGGAGUCGACCAUCUCUCUGCACCUCCUGAUGUUCCCUAUGGAGUCGACCAUCUCUCUGCCCUCUACACCUCCUGAUGUUCCCUAUGGAGUCGACCAUCUCUCUGCACCUCCUGAUGUUUCCUAUGGAGUCGACCAUCUCUCUACACCUCCUGAUGUUCCAUAUGGAGUCAACCAUCUCUCUGCCCUCUACACCUCCUGAUGUUCCCUAUGGAGUCGAGCAUCUCUCUACACCUCCUGAUGUUCCCUAUGGAGUCGACCAUCUCUCUACACCUCCUGAUGUUCCCUAUGGAGUCGACCAUCUCUCUACACCUCCUGAUGUUCCCUAUGGAGUCGACCAUCUCUCUGCACCUCCUGAUGUUCCCUAUGGAGUCGACCAUCUCUCUGCACCUCCUGAUGUUCCCUAUGGAGUCGACCAUCUCUCUGCACCUCCUGAUGUUCCCUAUGGAGUCGACCAUCUCUCUACACCUCCUGAUGUUCCCUAUGGAGUCUACCAUCUCUCUGCACCUCCUGAUGUUCCCUAUGGAGUCGACCAUCUCUCACCUCCUG